AUGAACAUCGUUUCCUUCUGGCAUGAAUUUUCUCGUGGUUUUGCAGCCUGGUCAGCGGGAUCCGAGGAACUCGGACAGGUGGCGCGGCUGCUAGGCUGGGGCCCUCAGGUCAGCAGCUGGUUCCCCGGGAAUCCCCUGACCCCUUUUGCUGUUCCCCUCUCUGUGGCCCUGGGUCUUGGGCCUGGGCCCUCGCAGCCGCGGGAAGGCAGCCGCUUCACUUCUCCCUUGAGCCGAAUUUCCGGCCACCUCACUUUCCUUGAAGUUUUCUACCUAAAGCUUGGAACCACCGCCAGGCAAAGAGGGGAGCUGGGGCCGGGAGAAGAGUCGGUCACCUCUGGGCUUUGGGGCAACAAAACUUCCCCAACGAUUGUAGACCCGCGGCCUCCCCGCCCCCGGCCCCGGGACCCCGGAGCGGAGAUUGACAGGUGUCGCUCGCGAGGACAAUGCCUUCCAGGUGCCACCGUCACAGUCCUGUCCUUCCUAACCCGCCCUCUUUGCCCCUUCCCUGCCCACUCUCAUACCUCCCCCUUUCUCCUCUGGGGAAAGUUCUCACAUUCCCACUCUCAAACCCCAGCUCCUUGCAUCUGGGCACAGGGCCCCAGGCCUAGAGAUGCGGGCAGGGGGCCGGCACUGAGGGGCAGGGGUGGCGGAGGCUCCGCCUGCUGCCUGCCGUGGGGCCGCUUCGAGGUGCCAGGAACUCCCGUAAGGGUCCCGGCGGUGGCUGCCCGGGAGUGGGCAAAGAGGGAACAUGCGGGUAUUUUAAAGGAACCAGUGCGGUCUCUGGACUUCCCUGUCUUCGCUCUCCACCCCCGCCCUCCCCUCCACACACAUAAGACAACAGACGCGAAGAUAAUCCUGCCAUCUGGCAAAUCCCAAAUUUGGCGACCAAGCUCUGAAAGCAACAGCGACGGCUCAUCCCGGGAGUAGGUGGCUGAUCCUGCCGGACUCUCCAGAGCUGGGGCAAGGGUGGUGGGCUCUGCCCGUACCUGCCCCCACCUCUGCCCCAUCCCUGCCCUGACUGGGUAGACUGUGGGUUUUCUCUCUCGCACUGGGCAGCAGUUCUGGGGGUCUGGAAUGAGAGAGCUGAAAGUGUGGGGCUCCGGCCCCACUUCCCACCAAUGCUGCCUCAAUGAGCUAAAACCCCAAUUCGGUUUCAUUAUGGACAACCGAAUGUAAUUUAUAGCUAGGCGGCCUGUGCGCCGCGAUUUAGAUCAUUUGGUGAUAAGGAUCACACUUAUUAGAUUUCUUCAAAGCCGAUGGGGGUGUUCUAUUUUUUUUUCUUUUUUUUUUUUCUUUUAAGGAGGGCAUUUGUGCUAAAUUGCCCAGUGCUGGUGUGAUAACUGUCAAAAGUUUGACAUCAAAGGAGCUAAUAUUAUUCAGUUACCAGAGAAGCUGUCUGUCUAAAUAAGAAUAUCUUAAUUACUGCAUCACAAAGGUAGAAAAGGGG